AAACAUCAGAUUGUAAAAAUAAACCAUAAUGUUUCACAGAAAGAAACUCUGAAGACAGAAGACAUAAAGUGUGAAAAUAGAUUCAGUGAAGAUGAACGCCCUGCAGAUCACAAGAGGACUCACAGUGAGGAGAAACCUUUCACAUGUCAACAAUGUGGAAAGAGUUUCACCUUUCAAUCGAACCUUAGCCGGCACAAGAAAGCUCACAGUGGGGAAAAGCCACACGCUUGCCAGCAUUGUGACAAGAGUUUCUCAUAUGAAAGUCAACUUAAGGAACACAUGAUAACUCACACUGGAGAGAAACCUUACACAUGUCAACAAUGUGAAAAGAGUUUCACCUUUCAAUCAGCCCUUACCAGGCACAAUAAAACUCACAUGAGGGAAAAAGCUUACGCAUGCCAUCAUUGUGACAAGAGUUUCCAAGUUAAAGGUCAACUUAAGAUAUACAUGAGGAUUCACACUGGAGAGAAUGCAAUUACGUGCCAUGAGUGUGGGAAAAGUUUCACCUUUGAAUCGAACCUAAGCCGGCACAAGAAAACUCACACUGGGGAGUCACACGCGUGCCAUCAUUGUGACAAGAGUUUCCCAGAUAAAAGUCAUCUUAAGAGACACAUGAUGUCUCACACCGAAGAGAAACCAUUCACUUGUCAUUUUUGUGGAAAGAGUUUUAGAGAUAAAAGUAGCCUUAAGCUUCACACAAGAAUUCACACCGGAGAGAAACCAUUCACUUGUCAUCUUUGUGGAAAGAGUAUUAGAGCUAAAAGUAAACUUAAGGACCACACAAGAAUUCACACUGGAGAGAAACCGUUUUCAUGUCAUGAGUGUAAAAAAAGUUUUAGAAAAAAAGUUAACCUUCGAACACACAUGAAAAUUCACACAGGAGAGAAACCGCACGCAUGUCUUCAGUGUGGAAAGAGUUUCAGUACGUGGAGCAACCUUAAGUCACACGUAAUAACUCAUAGUGAAAAGAAACCUCACACAUGUCUUCAGUGUGAAAAAAGUUUCACUAAUAACACUGGACUUGAGACUCACAUGAGAGGACACACUGGAGAGAAACCUUACAUAUGCUCUCAUUGUGGAAAAAGUUUUACAAGUGAAGGGACUCUGAAGAAACACAUGAUAACUCACAGUGAAAAGAAACCUUAUGCGUGUCUUCAGUGUGAAAAAAGUUUCAGUGAUAAAUGUGGACUUGAUACUCACAUGAGAAAUCACACUGGAGAGAAACCUUACAUAUGUCUUCAGUGUAAAAAGAGUUUUACAAGCAAACGGACUCUUAAGGCACACAUGACACUUCACACUGGAGAGAAACCGUUCACUUGUCAUCACUGUGGAAAGAGUUUCAGAAUGAAGUGUAACCUUAAUUCACACAUGAGACUUCACACUGGAGAGAAACCUUACACAUGUCAACCCUGUGGAAAGUGUUUUUCAAGCAAAAGCGCUCUUAAGACUCACAUGACAAUUCACACCGGAGAGAAACCGUUCACGUGUCAUCACUGUGAAAAGAGUUUCAGACUUAAGUAUGACCUUAAUGCACACAUGAGACUUCACACUGGAGUGAAACCAUUCAUGUGUCAUCACUGUGGAAAGAGUUUCAGGACAAAAGCUAAACAUAACAUACACGUAAGGAUUCAUACUGGAGAGAAACCAUUCACAUGCCAUGAGUGUGGAAAGAGUUUCUCCUUUCAAACUAGCCUUAAACGGCACAUGACAGCUCACAGUGGGGGAAAUAUAGAGUGAAUUUUGUGCCAUAGUUGCCCAAACAAAUUCAGGGUUUUUCUAGAAGACUAGUAUAAAA